GUUUUCUAACAAAACUUCUCUCAUGUUAAUGGCUGUGUUCCUUUAUUUUCCUGCUUUCUGGUUUCAAUGUUGGCCAGCAGCAGGUAGACUGGAAAGAACAUGUUAUGAAAGAUAGAUUUUUUGCUGUGAUGAGGUAAACAGCAGCCUAAGGUGCUAGCCGCGCGUGUCGAGGAGGCCUCACUGGUUCUCUGGAGGUCACGCCAGUAGGUGUGUAGCUGCUCGCCUAUCUGCAGGUGCGUGCUGCGAGCUGCGGCUGCGCGACUCUGUGGCUUCGUGAAGGCGACUUCGCUGCCCUCAGCUGAGUUCGUGAUUUUUUCGCAAAUCGAAUACCAGCAAUGAGCGAUCGCUACAGCUUCAUCCCUGCGACGCGGGAGCAAGUGGAGACCAUCAGGAAGAAACUGGGGACAGACGAAGAGGACAUCAAGAGGGCCAUCACGUCUGUUCGAGACUGGCUCAGGAUGCAGCCGCAUCUGCCCGACGAGAUAGAUGACGCACGCAUAGAGAGGAUAUAUGUAAACUGCAAGUGCAGCAUAGAGAGAGUUAAGAAAGGCUUGGAUGCCUACUACUCGCUGAGGACCAGGUAUCCAGAGAUGAUGAUGAAUCGUGACCCAAUGGGAGCCGACGUUGUGAGCACCAUGGAACACAUCGUGAUGCUGACGAUGCCUCGCCUUACCAAAGAGCUCUACCGGGUGCACAUCUUCGCCGACCCCGACCCGGACCCCACAUGGGUCUCCUGGACAAAUUAUGGAAAAACCGUCUCCAUAAACCUCGACUGGAUGCUAUUGAAUGACUACUCGCUCGGAGACGUCGUCAUCAUGGACCUGAAGAACACGACUGCCGGACACGUCCUCCGGUCUGAUAUCAAUAUGAUACGGGCUAUUGAAUUUGGCUACAAGACUGCCUACUGUCGGAGCUUGAAAGCAUUACAUUUGAUAAAUGCUGAUAAAGUGGUUGAUUUGGCAAUGAAAAUAUUGAAGGCAGCUCUUUCCGAAAAGUUGCAGAAGAGGAUACACGUCCAUCCUCCAGGAUCAACGACGCUGUUUGACCAAGUGGCAAAGGAAUAUCUGCCGGAUGAACUUGGAGGCACUGCCGGUCCUAUGAACAAACUUGCCUAUGAUUUCUUCAGAAGAACGGAGAAGAUGCGAGACUGGUUCUUGGAGCAGGACCGCUACAUCGCGGACGAGAGUAAGCGGCCGCCUGACAACCACUACGCCGACGACAUGUACGGAGUGGCGGGCUCCUUCAAGAAGCUCUCAGUAGACUGACGCCGUUACAGUUAAUAUUGUAGAUUCUUUUACUUGUGAUAGUAAACUGUGAUACACAGGGUGAUCUGCGAAUCCACCAAAAAAAUUCCAAGCUUUUUUGUGAUAAUUUCUACUUUGGUGUAACGGACCCAUGGCCUCCGGUGGUUCGUUAGAGAAUAAAAACAUUUCGUUUGACGUUUUCUUGUUGAGGUCUUCAGUCGAAGACUAGUUUGGUACAGAGCCCAAUGAUAGUCUGUCCUCUACAUAAACUUCUUCACCUCUCCAUUCGUGCAGCAGUCGCCGUCAAUCCCAACACUUCCUUCCAUACCUGCGGAUGUCUCAUUUCAACCGACCCCUACCUUCUGUUGAAUUGUACGCUUUCAUUAUUUAUUCGACGUACCCAUAAAAUCUACAGCAUUCUUCUGUAGCACCAAGCUUCUAAAGGUCCUGUUCUCUUGUCGUCUGACGAUUUAAUCGUCCACAUUUCAUUUCCAUACAGUACUACAGAUAAAUACUUUCAGGAACAAAUCCUAAAUUACUUAUAUACAGUGUUUUGAAAUAUAUAUUUUUCACAAAUAUGUAUAUCAUUCCUAAUUUGGUUAUCGUCAGUUAUUUUAAUGCCCAAGCAGCAAAACGGUCAGGUUCUAACCUAAUACCCUCUGCUCACCACAUACAAUUCGCAGAACUUUAAUUCCCGUUCCAAAUGUCUCCUUAAUUUCGUUUACUGCCUGAAUAUCCAGACUGAAUUACAUGUACGAAAGGCUAAACCCCUGUAUCAAUUCCUCCUAAACUACCGAUUUCCCUUUGUGCCGUUCGAAUUGGUAACUGCAGUCUGUUUUCUGUACAAGCUCCAGAACUUUCAGUAACUGCAUUCUUUCCCUUUUACCUUCAUGGUUUCCCAGCCAACACUGUCUUAAAAUCUAUAAGCGCUUUAAAAAUGGGUUUGCCUCUACCCAGUCAAUCUAAGUCGUAGGAUCACUAUCACCUCCCAUCAUUCUAUCUUUUUCCGGAACACAAACCGAUCAUUAAAAAAAAAAAAAAUAAAUAAAAAUAAAGGUUGGCUUCCACUAAUUCUUCCUUUCUUCUGCAGAUUAGUCGUGUCAGCAUUCUGACAACAAUUUGUUAUACAGAUGGCUCUCUAAUAUUGGCACCUGACAGCGGCUGCCUUCUUUUAAUCAGUAAUAAUUACAGAUUUCUGACCUGAUCCCAUUUCUGCUUUGUAUCCAUAUUACACUGAAAAUAUCUGGUGAUUGGGAUAACAAUACGAAUACGUCAUACUGAAAUUAUUAUUCUGUGACAAUCCACCAGAGAUCACUGCUCCUUUAUACCAAAAUAAUAAGGAAAUGUCCUUGAACAAUCUCUGGAAUUUUUGUCAGUGAUUCAGGUUCACCCGGAUAUGUCGUAAGCGUGUUCUUCCGCAGGGACUAUGUCUAUGAGACCUCCACAAUCACACUGCAUGCUCCUUGUGUCUAAUAUGUAUCUUGUAUGAAACUGAAGAGAUAAUAAUAUUGUGUUUUCGAUUCCUUGA